GACCGAGCGACCUCACAACCGCGGACAGGUGCGGUAAGUGCGGACGUCAACGCCACCUGUCCAUUGAUCCGCAGUGAUUGACGUACAAACAGACAGACGGGGCCGUAAAAUCGCACCGGCGGCGGAAAGUCGCGGAGACAGAAUACUGACAUAAGGGAUUCUCUUGUGCAGUUUGAAGCAUCCGAUUUGUGCUCUGAACGAUCCGAAGAUUACUCUUAAGAUUGUAAUAAGUUGUUUACAAACACUUGGGUUAAGCCUGAGGGCGUGGUGGGCGUGGUGCAUGAUGACCGUAGAGGUGUGCGGGCGGGUGUCGGUGCCCAGCGUGUCUCCGGGCGGCUCCAGCGACGGCAGCGGCGCCCACAUGGUCGAUGACACCCACAGCGAGGGGGGCGUGUCGUCGUCACCCCCGGCCCGCGACACCACGACAGAGCCACCGCCCGUCCACCGCCCCAAGUUCAUGAUCACGGAUAUUCUGGCCCAACGAGCACCACCCACGCCCACGGAGGACCAUGGAGAGGGUGGGGCCGCCUCCAUCACGCCCACCGGUGACUCUCUCAAGGCGCUGGCUGGUCAAGACGACGACCACCUCGGCGACGAUGCAGGUCAACACGAUGACGACAGUAACGACGGUGGCCCCGCGGCCAAGAAGCAGAGGAAGGCGCGGACGGCGUUCACAGACCACCAGCUUCAGACGCUGGAGAAGAGCUUCGAGCGUCAGAAGUACCUUAGUGUGCAGGACCGCAUGGAGCUGGCUGCCAAGCUGAACCUGACCGACACCCAGGUCAAGACUUGGUACCAGAACAGACGGACCAAGUGGAAGCGCCAGACGGCCGUAGGUCUGGAACUUCUGGCGGAGGCUGGCAACUAUGCCGCCCUACAGAGGCUUUACGGUCCCUCAUAUGGAUGGCCCUACCCUCCACAGCCGUCGACAGCCGCAGCUGCAGCUGCAGCCGCCGCCGCCCUAAGUCCCGCCGCCGCGUCCGUGGAUUUGUACUACCGUCAGGCCGCCGCAGCCGCCGCCCUACAGAAGCCACUGGCCUACCGUCUAUAUCCUCCCGGCUUGCCCAUGUUACCUCACAUGACCUCUGACCCUCUCAGGGAUGCUCUGAGACCAGAGGCACUGAGACCGGAGGCUAUGAGGCCAGAACUCCUGCGAUCAGAGCUGAGACCAGAUGCACUAAGACUUGAUCGCACGGACCUGCUGAAGACGGAUCCUGGCAAACUGGAGGGUCGACUCUUCCCUCUUGAUGCCCGGCUGAUGUCCACAUCCCCGACGCCCCGGGAACAAGAGGACAUCGAGAUGUCCUUGGGGGACGUGGGGCGGCCCCUAGGAGGUAUCCUACGAUCCUCAGCGUCCCCGUCCCCCCCACACUGCCCUUCACCUGCCGAUCUCCGUGUCAGGGCGUCACCAGACCUCCCCAACGAUCCCCAUAAAACCUCCCACUGAACUAAAACUCGGUCCUCUCCCUCACCCUCCCCACCUCCUCCUCCAACCCUCCCUCACCCAUAUAUUGAUGUCGGAUGUAACAAUGAAUAUUCCGUUUUCAGUGUACAAAGAUAGAUUAGGCCAUCACUAGUGUAGACAACAACACAAGCUUCUAGAUUUACUUAAAACUUCUUAUUUAUGUACAGAUGUAUUUAUAGAAUGGAUAAUCAACUCUAACGGCCCCUCCUCCUCCUCCUGUACAUAGCAAUGACAUAAAGAAUCAAUAAUUAACAAAAUCCUGGAGUGGAUGAACCGUUAAGGGCUCUUGUUCGUAUUCUUUAUAAAAAAAAGUUGAUUCCCCGCGUCUAUAUGCUUCAUCCGAUUAGACGAAAGUGUCGGUAUCUUAAUUCUGAUUGGAUGAGAGAAGAAGUAUCUUGUUUCUGAUUGGAUGAGUGCCAGUAUUUUGACUCAAAUCGCUGUUGUUGCCGCCAUGAGAUUACUGAGGCGAAGAACUCUACGUGGGUGAUGUUAGUUUGUUAUCUUAACUGAAUCUGACCUAAUUUAACCUUAUCCACGUCACUCGCUUACCCAGUUAUGAGAAAAUAUCCAGGAUAAAUAAUAAUCCAGACUGGUGUAUUAUCCAGAUCACAAGACCGGGCUGUAACCCACUCCCCUAUUCCUCCAGUCCCUCCCCACUCACUUCCCCUCUCCGUCUCCCCCCUCCUCCCUAUGACCUCACCUCCCCCCCCUCCCUCCAGACAGAAAUAAUUAGGUUAAGGAUGUCGCUCUAGUCAACUACCACAAGCGAUGCUGUUAGUAGACCUUAUGUGUUAUAUGAUAAGUAUAAUUAUGUCCUCUACAUUGUUAAAUAAACUUGGAACAGAA